AUGGUUAAAAAAAAAAAAAAAAAAAAAAAAAAAAAAAUUUAAAGUGACAUCGUAGUUAAAGUGUCAAAGUAGUAAUGCACAAUAGGUAGUAAUAGUGUAAUAUAUCUAAAAGAAAACCUGCUAAUUUUUGGGCCACAGAAAAUCUUUCACUUAAACUAACUCAUUUUCAUAGACUCAAUUAUUGAUGUUCUUAUGAUAACAUAAAGUUCUUUUAAACGCCUCCAAGAAAUGAACAACAACUCCCAAAAGUCAUCGCUUCAAAUAUCUGCUGGUGAUUGGUUGCAGCGCACGUAAACUUCCUCGUGCUGGUCUGUGUGUGGCUUUCUCAUCCUGUCAAUCAAAACUGGUAAGUCUGAACCAAUGAGCUGCGGGUUUCCCCCUCCAGUGGGCGGGGCUAACGCGCUCUCUCACACAGCAGGCUUGUUUCCGGGUCGUUGCUAACAACCUGCUGCCUGCAGCCUCACCUGCCCCACUGUUCGCUGGUGCACUGACGCUUUCGGGCCGUGGUGUCCUCCUCGGUAUGUGUGUGAGGAUGGAGCCGUGUCGACAGUGAGCGCAGUGCGACCCUCCGCUCCCCCUCCGUGCCGGCUGCAUGGUGACUCCGCGUCUCUCUGCCUGCUUUCCGACGCUCGGGGUUGCGGUCCGGCCUCCGGCCGCGGCUGCGAAUUAACCUCAUCUCUCCUCGUCGCCUCGCUCUGUUUAUUUUAUAAGGAUGGCGGUGAAGGGGACACUGUAAACUAAAUGACUGUCAGAAACAUCGCCUCCAUUUGUAAUAUGGGCACCAAUGCCUCUGCUCUGGAGAAAGACAUCGGCCCGGAGCAAUUCCCAAUCAAUGAACACUACUUUGGAUUGGUCAACUUUGGAAACACAUGUUACUGUAACUCCGUGCUCCAGGCGCUCUACUUCUGCCGGCCUUUCCGGGAGAAUGUGCUGGCCUACAAAGCCCAGCAGAAGAAGAAGGAGAACCUGCUCACAUGUCUGGCCGACCUCUUCCACUCCAUCGCCACGCAGAAGAAGAAAGUGGGCGUUAUCCCGCCCAAGAAGUUCAUCUCCCGCCUACGGAAGGAGAACGAUCUGUUUGACAACUACAUGCAGCAGGAUGCCCACGAAUUCCUCAACUACCUGCUGAACACAGUGGCUGAUAUCCUUCAAGAGGAGAAGAAGCAGGAGAAGCAGAACGGACGCCUUAAGAACAACGGCACCGCCGUCACCGCGGAGGCCGAGACCGAGAACAAGACAGAACCCACCUGGGUUCACGAUAUCUUCCAGGGCACUCUGACCAAUGAGACACGUUGCCUCAACUGUGAAACGGUGAGCAGCAAAGACGAGGAUUUUCUGGAUCUUUCUGUGGACGUGGAGCAGAACACUUCAAUAACACACUGUCUCAGGGACUUCAGUAACACAGAGACUCUGUGCAGUGAAUACAAAUACUACUGUGAGACAUGCUGCAGCAAGCAGGAAGCGCAAAAGCGGAUGCGAGUGAAGAAGCUUCCCAUGAUCCUGGCACUCCACCUCAAGAGGUUCAAGUACAUGGAGCAACUGCACCGUUACACCAAGCUGUCCUAUCGCGUGGUUUUCCCCCUGGAGCUCCGUCUGUUUAACACGUCUGGGGAUGCGGUCAACUUGGAUCGCAUGUAUGAUCUGGUGGCGGUGGUGGUUCACUGUGGGAGUGGACCCAACAGAGGUCAUUACAUCACCAUAGUGAAGAGUCACGGUUUCUGGCUGCUGUUUGAUGAUGAUAUCGUGGAGAAAAUUGAUGCCCAGGCCAUUGAGGAGUUUUAUGGCCUUACCUCAGACAUCUCCAAGAACUCUGAGUCAGGAUACAUCCUCUUCUACCAGUCCAGGGAGUGACACUGGGGCUGGAUCGGUGACGCAGGAAAAGACUGAAUAGAAGAAUCCUUUUUUUUUUUGUUUUUUAACCUAAAAGACCCAGAUUCCUGUCGUCUCCCUCCCACCCCGCCUCCACCCUCCUCCAAGUCAGACCUCUCUAACAUAUGUGCCAAUCCUUUGCCCCGAUCUCACCCUCUGGGUUUUACCGUCAUGCGUCAUCUCCCUCUCUCUGUCUGUGUUAUUUGAUUCUCAUCUUUUGGUCACCUGCAUCUGGACUGCACUUUAAAACAAAAGCAAAAACGCUCAACAGCAUGACGGUAACGUGUCACAUCGAGCACAGGCUCGGUGUUUCUACUGGGAGGAGCCCACCGAGGUGUUUCUCUACUACAAGCCUGAUUAUGUGAAGGGUCUGGUGCACACGCAGACUCUCGGCAGAAAUUGUACGAUAUCAUUUCUAUGUAUAGUAAGGUGUACGUUCAUGAUGUGCCACCUCGUCAUAAUUCCUUACAUUAGGGCUAUUUUUCCCAUCACUGUCCAGUCCUUAGGUGUGAUCACGUCCCUCGCCGAUGCAUGAGAGGUGACAGAGCCAAACACUGUUUUAAUACCUAUAGAGCGAUUUCAUGCAACGGUUUUGAAGCAAUAUGUGAAUGAAGUCACAAGCUUAAAACUACCUAAACUACGAUGGUAUCGUAGGUCAAAACAAAGCAAAACACAAAGAAAGAUAUCCAUUACUAAAACAUGAUUUAUUUAUUUUGUUUUGCACAUUGUCAAGAAAGUACAUGGCUUCACUUUGCAAAGAUGAAUCAAUCUCAUCAUAAGAUGCCGAACACAGAGUACUACAGUACUAAAUGAUUUUUUUUUCUGAAAGCAGAUUUUCCUCAUGAAGUGAACACUUUAAUCUAGGAAAAUAUUUGAGCUUUUUAUCAAAAUUACUCCGUCAUCCCACUGCUUUGUGUUCAGUUUUUCUGUUUUACCUACAGCGAUCCUUCACCGUCACAUUUUAUCCGUCCGUCUGUCCGUGUGAGUCGGACUAGUUGUGCUCUAACACUCGAACAUCGUCAUACUGAGCCACAUCCUCUCAACACUACACAUAAAAAAGGAGAUCUCGCUGUUUCUCUCUCAGAAUGAUCUCCGCUUGAAUCAACUGAAUCUUUAUAAUAAUUUUUUUCACAUCAGCAGAACCCUAUUUAUUGAACUUGACCUAUUUAUUACUGUUAUUUGUAAUGCUGACCGAUCGAUAAUGAAGGCCUGCGUGUGCUUACACUGGCUGCCUGAGCUGUGAAGGACGUAGUGCAUGUAAUACACUACUGGAUAGGACAAAAAGAAGAUAUGGCCAGGAAAGGAAAAGAAAGGAACAGUUUUUAUCAGUUCCGUGUUGUCGCUCACAUAUUAAAUACACGAAGAGACAUGACAUCACAUGACACACGACUGCCUAAUCUUUUGACUGAUAUGGAAAUCGAAAAUAGUGCAAUAAAUGGUGAAGUUAUCCGAUGUGAACUGUCCCUGUAAGAUUAGGACACAGUACAUUUUGUUGUUGUUGCUGUUUUUUAAGCAGCUGAUCUGUUCCUAGUGCUGUGUGUUUUUAUCAAAGUCACCACAUGGAAUACACUCUACCUGCUAGGAAGUUAGCUCCUUUUUUUUCCAUCUUUUUUUUUUGUAAUCUUAGAUGGAAUUUUUCUUUUUACUCCGUUUCUAUGUUAAACUACGACUUAGUAGUUUUCCCUUGGUUUGUCUCCGAUGGCGUAAAUUGUGUGUGUGACAUAUGUAGCAGCAUCCUAAAUCCUAAAAUCCCAUAGGUUUUAAAUUCAUGUGUCAGUGUUUGUUAAUACAAUAUCCUUCGUACUGUAACGUGCUCCCCAGGGUUUUUGUUUUGUUUUGGGUUUUUUGACUGGGCGGGGCCCUGUAGAGUAGCGCAACAUCAGUUUGUUUUCACGUGAAUGACAUUCCUAUUUGCUGCACGUCGGAGCAAAUGACCACUUCAGACACACUGCAUCGCAAACAAGAGAUAAGAAUAGGAUUCAUUUAUUAGUUUGGUUUCUGUGUCUAUAGCAGAGAGGCAGAAUCGAAAGAGUGAAACUCCAGGUUGCGGGUGCACUUGUCUGUGCUGUCUCUUCUGUGUAGUCUAUUACUGGGUGCAGUCACAAGGAAUAUGUGCCAAACUGGAGUCAGUGCUGACCUUGCAACAGAACAUUAUUUUCUUUGUAACGAUACAGCUGUACAUAUAUAGAAAAACACUUCUUCUGGAAAUAGGAACAUAUUUUUUUAAAGUGACGAUCUUAAGAUGUAAAGACACUCGCGGCGAAGGUUUAACACUCAACGCCGACCGCUGACGAAGAAAUACUGUGCUGUUUUACAAUUACGAAGUGGGUCAGGGGACUGUAGAAGCCUCCAUCAGUCACACGACUGGGUCAACUGAGCCAAGGUAGAAAACAGGUGACAUGGAUAGUGAGACCCCAGUGAGAGAAAAGAGACUUUUUAAACGCGCUGAUCUUCCAUUAACAUUUAUGCACUUGCCCUCACUGAGACGCUCAGUGGUUGCACUUGGUCUUAACUGUGAUAGGGUUCAACCGAGGACGGCUCAUGUGUCCCGCACGGGGCGGGACCUGACGGAGCUUGUGUGAGGGAAGCAGGAGAUGAAUCCGUUGAGUCUCCGUUUGACGGUCAACUGAAAGUGCACUUUAUUAGUGAUGAGCUUCAAUGCUUUAAUGAGACGAGCCACAGUCUAACACUCACUUUGAGUUUUUUUUUUCUUCUGUUCAAUAAAAUGAUUAUUAACUAA